AUGGGCGUAUCAGAAAGGAAGGUGAACCCUCAGCGCAGUGCAUCCCAGCCUACUGCAUAUCGACUACUGUCCCAUUUCUUGACCAUGCGGACGGGAUGGGCAGUGGAGCAGCACAGGCCAGUUUGGACGAGUGCAAUGUCACUCUCCACAUUAGCACCGGUGUCCCGGGACUUUCUGUCAUUCAACACGGGCCAUAUCCCGUAUGGUGCCCACACCCACGAGCAGCGGCAGGGGCAGGCGAAUAAAGCUCACAUUGGGUCUCGUGAAUUGCUCGUGGCGGCCGUUUCCAGCUACUUUGACCAGCAACUCGGAGUCUCCGCUGGACUAGAGCUGAGCUUCUCCUUGUGCUAG